CGGACGACGAAUGAGGUGAGGGACGCCGGAGAAAUAGACCUCUUCGUCUCCCUUCUUUUUCUUCGUUGCGCACUCCCAUGGUCUCACCCUAUUUUUCUCGCAGCAUAUAUAAGCCGGCUCCUUUUUGGAGCGUAGGAAAACCUGAUAUGGGAAAAUUUUCGUCCAGCUCUUUUGCACGAUGGAAUUCACGUUUGUUCAUGAUUUCUGAGUUUUAAAUCUGAUUGUGGUUGUUUUCUUGCUCGGAUUUCGAAGCAAAUACCAUCUCUAGGCUUGGAUUUGGUGUUUCUAAGAAGAAUGACGGCCAAAAAAAUCUCAGAAUCGAGAUGUUGGUUCGCGGCUUUACUGUUCACUUUCGCAAAUUGAUUUUUGUUCUUUAAUCAAGCUGGUGCAAUAGAUUGGGGUUUCUUUUGUUUUGUUUGGGCUAUUUAACCGGAGGCGGUACCUCUUUAGCUUUCGUGAUGUAGGUAGUACCCUGUCCUCGUCGGUUUUUAUCCCAACCUGCGAUUUGGGGAAAAUUUUGACUGCGGUUCUUAUGGCCGGCAAGAAACAGGGUAAAGGUGUGGCUACACCAUCUGUGAACACCAGGUCUCGGGCUGCUGUUGGUUUCAAUGCGUUAGAUGGCUUGGACGAUAACUUCCCUGCACUACAUGGUGGUGGGAAGUCUGGGAAGCAGACUGUGGACACUAUGGCAGACCCUGGGAUGUGCUCUGACUCUGCCAAGGAGCUGUUGGAACCUGAGGAUGUGUUGCUUAGCUUUGGGAAGCAGAGGAAUGCAACUAAACCUGCUGCUCCUGCUGCUGAUCCUGGAGCUGGGGAUAUUUCUGUUAAGCAGCUAGCAUUUAAGGCAGCUCCAACUGCACAAAAAUAUUUAUUCUUAUAUGCCUUUACCACUAAAUUGGCUCUGCUAACCAUUUAGUUGUUAUUACAAAAGGCAAAUAGUUGUUAUGUCUUGGACUAAUGCAGAGGGUAGUUGUUCCAUUUAAUGUAUGCAUUACUGAGUUUUUAUUUUGCACCAAAACUAUUCGAUGAAAUGUCUAUGUGGAAAAAAUCUCCUUGUUUUA